AGGUUUUGCCGACUUUGGAAUAUUUUUGUAUCAUAUUUAUUGAUGUUCAACUUCAUGAUUCACAAUCUUUUGCUUCUAUCCUUUGAAGUUUGAAUCACGUUUGAGAGCUGAAAGAGUUAAUAAAGAAACGUUGCUCAGCAAACGCCCUUGAAGAAGUAUCCGAACUACGAGUAGCCCGACGAGUUACCGAUCCGUCUUGAUGUAAUGUACCUCCAACUCGAUCGACCAAUUUCCAAACAACACCAACUCAAACAAUCAUCACCUUAUUAACAAAUCGACUAUCAACAAAGAAAAGCAAAGAAAAUGGCACCAUUACCCAGUAGUACAUUACCAUUAGUUUCAUCAUCUUCAUCAUCAAAUACACCAAACUUACAAACUUCAAAUCCAACUUCAUCCAACUUACCAAACAAUCCUACUCAAUCUACUUCAAUCAACCCAAAUCAAUCUCAAUCUAAAAAUUUAAAUAUUGAAACUGAAAUCGAUCCAAAUCAAAUCUCUAGUCCUCUUGAAUUGAUCGGUUGGGUUGAUAGUGUUUUAUCUAAACUUGAAACCAAAUUUUCAAGAAUAGAAGUAGACGUCUUAGACAGACUGGACCUUCUAGGAAAACGGAUCGAUUCGCUUGAAACGAGUAUGUCAGAAUUAAUGGAAGGAGCGGGUGGUGCUACAACUGUAUCAUCGGGUCCUUCUACUGCUGCUUUGACUUCUGAACUUUCGCCUGUAUCUGGACCUUCGUCUUAAUCACCUUUAUUCAACAAUUUAUCAAAACUAUUGGUUUGUUGUGAUGGAUUUUGGUUUAAAGGUGGGAUAAUCUUUCAAGUUUUGAGAAGUUUUCAGUUUUGUUCAAAUGGAUUCUUAUUUGAAUAAAAACCAUCAAAAGAAAAUGUAAUUUUAUACUUUACUUUACACUUCUUGAUUAUAUUUUUCACGAUGCUUUUACUUAUUCUUAUAAUCUCCGAGUCCUAUAUAUAAUCAGGUUUUGUUGUUUCAAUUAAUCAAUCAAUCAAAAAAGAUGAAACCUUUCAAAGAUUAUUAUUUAUACUUGAUCAUUGUUGUAAAGCAAAGACCAAAUUCAUUUCUGAGAGUUUUUUUAUCUUUUCAAUUUUCAUUAGGUUUUGAUUCUAUGAACUUUCAUUGGUUCACAUUGAUGAUUCUUUGCACCAUUAAACAGUAUCUUGAAUGAAACACAUGUAGUAUAUAAUGACAUUGAUGAUGACUAUUGUACAUACAAGAUGAAAUCCUUCCAACAGAG